GAGGGCCUCCGGCGCCGUCAUUGGUAGGAGGGCGGGGGCCUCUGGGCUGCCAGGGGUGGAGCUUGACUGGCGCCGCGCCAGGUUGGGCAUCUUUGCGCGAAAGCCGAGUUCAUCUUGGGGAGCGAACCCAAGCCUGGGACCAAUGAUGUGGCUACGGUCGCUUCUGUUGCUUCUCUUGCUGCUGAGGUGGUGGGCCCUGGGGAAGCCAUCCCCUGACGCCGGACCUCAUGGCCAGGCGAGGGUGCAUCAGGGAGCCCCCCUGAGCGACGCCCCCCACGAUGACGCCCACGGAAAUUUCCAGUAUGACCACGAGGCGUUCCUGGGAAGAGACGUGGCCAAGGAAUUCGACCAACUCAGCCCAGAGGAAAGCCAGGCCCGACUCGGUCGGAUCGUGGACCGCAUGGAUCUCGCUGGGGACAACGAUGGCUGGGUGUCCUUAGCCGAGCUCCGUUCAUGGAUCGCGCACACACAACAGCGACACAUCCGCGACUCGGUGAGCGCAGCGUGGCACACCUACGACACGGACCGCGACGGGCGCGUGGGUUGGGAGGAGUUGCGCAAUGCCACGUACGGCCACUAUGAGCCCGGGGAGGAAUUCCAUGAUGUGGAGAAUGCUGAGACCUACAGGAAGAUGCUGGCUCGGGAUGAGCGGCGAUUCCGGGUGGCCGACCAGGAUGGGGACUCCAUGGCUACCCGGGAAGAGCUGACAGCCUUUCUGCACCCCGAGGAGUUCCCCCAUAUGCGGGACAUUGUGGUUGCAGUGAGUGAGGUUGCAGAACAUCUGCUUCCCAAACCUGUCCUAGCGGACCUGUACUCUGAGGUGCCUGGGGAGGAGGAACCUGCCUGGGUGCAGACGGAGCGGCAGCAGUUCCGGGACUUCCGGGAUCUGAACAAGGAUGGGAAGCUGGACGGCAGUGAAGUCGGUUACUGGGUGCUGCCUCCAUCCCAGGACCAGCCCCUCGUGGAGGCCAACCACCUGCUGCAUGAGAGUGACACAGACAAGGAUGGCCGUCUGAGCAAAGCUGAGAUCCUGAGCAACUGGAACAUGUUUGUGGGCAGCCAGGCCACCAACUACGGCGAGGACCUGACAAGACACCACGAUGAACUCUGAUCCUAGGUCUGCACAGCCUUGUGACCCCAGGACUCCAUGGGGGCAGUUGAGGGGUCACUGCAGCCAACCUCCAGGGCACAGACUCAGCUCUGGUGUCCCUGGUUCUUGGGCUCUCAGGGACCCACUGAAUCACCUUCUCUCCGUGAGACCCUGGCCCCCGCGGCUGGAGCCCCCGUCUGCCCCGGACACUCAGGCACUCAAGUGACCGCCACUGAAACCAUCUCCCAGCACAGGCCUUGGGCCCACACCCUGGCCCACCCCAAUCUGAGCCUCAAUCACAUGGGCUGACCUGUGCUGCCCACUACCUGGGAGCAAUAAAAGCCUUUGCUGGGGUC